AAUAUUUUCAUGGUGUUUACUAAAAUUUCAGUGGUAAUAUUCAGUCAGAAACAAAUUUAGAAGGCAUUCCAUUGCCGUUUGCAGCUACUUGUACUUUGCGGAAGACAUCGUCAACGUUGCAGUACAAUUCAGUAAUCGUUCAGCAUUUUGCAAAUAAUUAAUUGACCGCUAAAUUUUACAAUGAGGUAGUGUUUUAAGUGUAAAGAUACAUAGUUUCCAGUUAAAAUCUGCUAUUAUGUCGGAGAAUAAGAGCAAAGAAGAUGCCACGAUGGAGGGUUGUCAAGAAGGGGGCGAAGAGGAAGAUAUGGCUGCCGAGAGGGUCGAAGAUAAGGUCAGUAUUCAACAGAUCCUCGAAGGUAUGACGAAUGAGUUUAACAAAAGUGUGAGUCCCGUCAAAAGUGCAGAAAUUAACCGGUCAAAAAAGUCCGAUCACGAAGAGAUCGAAAAACCGGCGGUGACCCCCAAUGAAAUGUCAGCCGCGGACAAAGAAUCUGCUGGAGGUAAGAAUGAAGAAGCUGCUCCAACAAAACAAAACACCGGGGAAACAACAUUAACAGGUGAAAAAAAUAAAGAGGAUGAAAGUACUGGAAAACCAGAAGUUUUAAAGAAGGAUAAUGGAAUUCCGCGUAUCGUCCUUACAUUCAGGACAAUAGACGAAAAUACUGAUCAUGGUAAAAAGACCAAGAUAUCAAGCUGCUCUUCCAACCUUACUUUAGUUCCUGAUGAAUUAGCAAAUUGUGAUCAAAUUGGCGGUGUUUCUGUUAAAAUUGAAAAUUCAGAUGAAAACUCCGACAAUGUUGAGAAAUCUGAUUCUGAAGAAGGAAGAACAGAAGAAUUGGUUAAAGAAUCUAAAAGUAAAGAAACAAAGGAAAAUGUAGAAGAACCAAAAUCAUCAAAGGAAGAUACUGGAGUAAUAGCAGAAGAUAAAAGCACUGUUCCUAAUGAAAAAGCAAAGACUGAUGGAGCAAAUACAUCAAUAGAACCUACAGAACAAGUGGAUCAAGCAGACAGCACAGUUCCAGUUACUAGGAAAAGGAGAACAGGACGGCCUAGAUUAAGAGCACUUAGUGAUCAUACUGAAGAACCUCCAGGUCCCAAACGUUCAAGAAGACUAUGUAAAGAAACAUUGAAGAGUACUGUGUUAGAAAGUGCAAUGGCAAGAAAAGAAAAAUCUAAUUAUACAGAAGAAAAUUUACAAUUUAAGAAACAGAGGAAGUAUAAUAAACCAGGAAGACCUAAAAAGGUGAUACAAGGAAAGGAUCAAAGUAAACAGUUGCAAGCUAAACCUCCUGACAUACGUCAGGAAAUAGAGUCUUCUAUUUCAGAUGGAAAUAUCACUAUUUCUGAGGUAAAUUCAAGUUUAGAAUAUUCUAGAAAUUCUACCAUAUCAGAAAAUAAUGCAAAUGAAACAGUUUUGGAUGAAUCACAAAAUUUUUCAUCUGACUUUGAUGGUAUGCCAAAAUUAUCUCCUAUGAUAAAAAGCUCAGAAUCACAAACAAAACUGAGCAACUCAAUUGGCAGUUCAACAAGUGAUGACAUAUCUUUAGCAGAUAUUGAAAAGCCAUUUCUGAAACCUGUUGCUGGUAGACCUAAACGUGAAAGAGGUAGACCUAGGGGAAGUCAAGCAGCAAGGAAAAUAGCAAAAGCAGAUUCAUUUGAAGAUGGACCUGUAUCAGUUGCAGAAACUGGCAAAAACAAUGAUUAUCCUGAAGGUAAUGUUUUAAGAUUCCUUAAUAUACUAUAUAAUAAUAUAGUCGUUGUAAAAAAUGAUUAUUUUAAUCUAUUUAUGACUGUAGAAGGCACUGUACCAGCUAAAAGAACAAGGAGAAGUAUGGCUCCAAGUCCGAGUCCUGCAGAAGGACAAGCUUCAAAACCAGAAUCAACAGCAAUCAUGAGUGAAACAUAUGGUCAGUCAAUGCUAUGUUUAUGUCAAGUAAGGUCUCAAUUGUAUGUAACAAUAACUGGUUCUGGAGCACCAUUGUACUGUACAGCUAUAGAUUCUAUUGACAAUAGAUUGGUAGGAUGUUGCAACGAAGUUGAUAGCAAUGACGUGGCAAUGAGAAGACCGAGUACACGUGUUCCGUUCAUCAUAUUAUGUCGAAUGCAUAAAGAAAGGCUUUUAAGGCAUAAUUGUUGUCCUUCUUGUGGAUUGUUUUGUUCACAAGGAAAAUUUGUACAAUGUAUUAAUGGUCAUCAAUACCAUCGUGAAUGUGAGAUUUAUCCAAAUAAAAAAGGUGUAUGUCCUCACUGUGGAAGUGAAAGUACUGCAUAUGAUGUAAUGGUCACCAUGAGUGGCUUAAGGAAACCUGUAUUCAUUCCGACCCGAAAGAAAUUUUCAAAACUGCCUUCUGCAAAGAUGAGUUUACCAGGGAAAGGUGAUAAUACAAAAUUAGCGGAACGUCCUCCUAGUCCUUUGAUUCAGCCAGAUAUUAUUAAAAUACCUGAGCCAUCUGUUAAUUCUGAAAGACCAGAACGUUAUACUAUAAUGAGUCUUUAUACAUCUGUAAAGAAUGGGGAUUUGGAAAAAUUGGUUAACGUUUUAGCAUGUGGAUACAAUGCAAAUCAUACAUUCCGAGAUUAUGCUCAUCGGACUGGCCUUCAUAUAGCCGCAGAUAAAGGUCAUUUAUCUUGUGUACACGUAUUAGUACAGGCAGGCGCUCAAUUAGAUGUGAUGGAUAGAAAUCAGUUAACACCUUUGAUGUUAGCUGCCAGUAAGGGUAAAGCUGAUGUGGUAAAAUAUUUGAUAAGAAUAGGUGCUGACGUGACACUGAAAGGAGAAGAUGGUAUGACUGCUUUACAUAUGGCUGCUAAAUCUGGUCAUUUAGAAGUUUGUAGAAUUAUUUUGACAGAAUGCAAGGCACCAAGAACAUUAGUAGAUUCAGUGGAUGAUGGUGGAUGGACUAGUUUAAUAUGGGCAUGUGAAUUUUGUCACACUGAUGUCGCACGAUUUUUGUUGGAUAAGAAGUGCGAUCCUUUAAUACGAGAUGCAGAACAAAACAUUGCGUUACAUUGGAGUGCUUUUAGCGGAAGUUCAGAAAUCACAGAAAUGCUACUUAAUGAAGGUUGUGAUGUGAACGCCGUUAACGUUCAUGGUGAUACACCUUUACAUAUAGCUGCAAGACAAGAUCAAUAUGCAGUUAGCGUUCUUCUAUUAGCACGUGGUGCUAAAAUAGGAGAAGUUAAUGCUGCAGGAGAAACGGCAGUAAAUUGCUGUACGAAUGACGGUGAUACUACGUCUGCUUUAAGAUUAAAUGCCAAAGUUAACGAACUUUCAGAACAUAUGUGGGAGAAAACAAUCAAAAUACUAACUAACGAUAUUUCACGCGGUAAAGAGACGAAUCCAAUACAAUGUGUCAAUGGAUACGACUCGGAAGAUAAACCAACAGAUUUUCUCUAUGUGACUGAAAAUUGUUUUACUAGUAAUAUAAAUGUUGAUCGUACGAUAACAUCUUUACAAUCUUGUCGAUGUGAAGAUAACUGUAGUUCAGAAAAAUGUUUAUGUGGAAACAUAAGUUUAAGAUGUUGGUAUGACGAAGAAGGAAAAUUAAUUCCUGAAUUUAAUUAUGCCGAUCCUCCAAUGUUGUUUGAGUGCAAUCCAGCGUGCGACUGUAAUCGCAUAACGUGUAACAAUCGUGUUAUUCAACAUGGUCUAACGCAAAGGUUUCAAUUAUUCCGAACCAAAGGUAAAGGAUGGGGACUUAGAACGCUACGGCACAUUCCGAAAGGUUCCUACGUAUGUGAAUAUGUUGGCGAGAUAAUUUCGGAUUCGGAAGCAGAUCAUCGAGAGGAUGAUUCCUAUUUGUUUGAUUUAGAUAACAGAGAUGGAGAAACAUAUUGUAUUGAUGCGAGACGAUAUGGAAACAUUGCUCGCUUUAUAAAUCAUUCUUGCGCACCCAAUCUCUUGCCAGUGCGAGUGUUUGUUGAGCAUCAGGAUUUGCAUUUUCCUAGGAUAGCAUUUUUUGCGAAUCGCGACAUCGAGGCAGAUGAAGAGCUCGGCUUCGAUUAUGGAGAGAAAUUCUGGAUAAUAAAAUGCAAGUCAUUCACAUGUACCUGUGGAGCCGAAAACUGCCGAUAUUCUGAGAAGACUAUACAAGUUACUUUGGACAACUACCGCAGAAAAAUACAGCAAGAAGAAAUGCUGGCAGCUCAAUCGUCGUAA